AUGAAUAAAGAUGAUGUUAUAAAUUUCUUAUAUCCCACAUCUGAAGAAGAAAAACCUAAAGAACCUGAUGUUUUCCCUGAAUAUUAUGAAGAACGAAUUAAAGAUGAUGAUGAAUAUGAUGAAAUUGAAAUUGAAAGACUGGAAAAAAUAAGAGAUGAAAUAGAUGAAAAAAUUAAGGAAUUAAGAGAAGUUGAAAAAUAUAAUGAAAAUGAAGUAGAGGGUUUAAUGAAUAUCCCAGCUUCAGAAUCAGCAGUUCAGAAAUCUCAUGAAGAAAGAUAUAAAAAUUAUGUCUCAGAAUCAACACAAAAUUUAUUAGAUGGCGAAAUAGAUGAAACACUUUCAGAAGAAGGUACUAAAUUUAUACGUAAACAUAAGUUACAAUUUAUUGAUAAUGAAGAAUACCCUUGUAUCUUACUUUCACCCCCUCUCGAUUCUGAGAAAUUCAAAAAAGCUCUUAAAAACGUGACAUAUGCAACUAAUACGAUUAAGAAAGAAGAUCAUGAUAUUUACACAAAUUAUUAUUUAAAUAAAUGCACAGGUGUUGAUAAAGUUUUUGAUUUAUUAGAUAAAAUAUCAAAAGAAACCAUUGGAACAUAUAAAAUUUG